GGGGGGUGCCUGUGCGGAAUCGUGCAGGUUUUUUAUUUUUAUUAUUAUUAUUUUAUCUUUUUUGGGGAGGGGGAAUGGGGGGGCGUAUGACAGGAAGACGAGGAUAUGGCGAAGAGAGGGGGAUAUGGAGAGGAGGAGGAGGAUGUGGACGAGGAGGACGACGAGGAUAGCGAGGGCGACGAGGAGUCGAGAUGGGGGAGGAGAAGAGAUGGACGGAGGGAAAAGAGGAAGGGCAGGAGGAGGAGGACGAGUGGGAGGAGGAGGAGACAUGGACGGCGAGGAAGGAAGAAGAGGACACGAGGAAGGGGAGGACAUGAGGAAGGGUAGGAGACGAGGAGGCAUGGAAGAUGAGGAAGUACGAGGAGGAGGAGGAGACAAGGAGGAUAAGGAAGGGCAGGAGGAGGAGGACGAGUGGGAGGAGGAGGAGACAUGGACGGCGAGGAAGGAAGAAGAGGACACGAGGAAGGGGAGGACAUGAGGAAGGGUAGGAGACGAGGAGGCAUGGAAGAUGAGGAAGUACGAGGAGGAGGAGGAGACAAGGAGGAUAAGGAAGGGCAGGAGGAGGAGGAGGAGGAGACGAAAAGGAGAAGGGAGGAGGAGACAUGGAGGAUGAGGAAGGGGAGGAGGAGCAAGGUGAGACAGUACUCCUAUAAUUUUUUUCUUUCAUCUCGCUUAUAAUUUUGGCGGGGGGCCUCAUAUGCACCGUUUCGACCCCAGCCUUUUUUUUUUUCUGAGGGGGGUGACGGUUCGUUCUCCGCACACGUCGUGCGCCGCACGGGAUCGGUUGGGCGCGUGCGCUGCGCGUAGGGAACCGCCCGCACGACGUGCGCUUGCAUGUAUUCAAAUACAACUCCGGGGGCGCAGUGCAUUGUGGACGAGGAACUACAAAGACCAACCACAACCAAAAACGAGAAAAAUCAGCAUGAAAAGUGACGAAAAUAACAAACAAACAAAGAAGCAAAAACCGG